AAUAACUAAAGUUUAAUUGCUUUUUGAAAAAUUUAAUCUCGAAUAUGAGCCAUAAACGGUCUGUCUGACUACGAAAUAACGAAAAAACUGAAUUAAUUAUAGCAAUAAACCCUAUGGAAAGCUGAAAGGAUUAAAAGCUGGAAGGAUGAAAAGCUGAAAGAAUAAAAAGCCGAAAGGAUGAAAAGCUGAAAGGAUAGAAAGCUGAAAGGAUGAAAGGAUGAAGAGCUGAAAGAAUAAAAAGAUUAAAUGAUGAAAAGCUGAAAGGAUGAAAAGCUGAAAGGAUAGAAAGCUGAAAGGAUGAAGAGCUGACAGGAUUAAAAGCUGGCAGGAUGGAAAGCUGAAAGGAUGAAGAGCUGAAAGAAUAAAAAGCUGAAAGGAUGAAAAGCUGAAAGAAUAAAAAGCUGAAAGAAUAAAAAGCUGAAAGGAUGAAAAGCUGAAAGGAUGAAAAGCUGAAAGGAUAGAAAGCUGAAAGGAUGAAAAGUUCCAGAAGCACAUAUAAGGUGCUAGAUAGUUUUUAAUCGAAUAGGAUUAUCUGCCUCAUUAGACAAGACUUUUUAUUUCAGUUUAGAAAGGCGUUAGUCGAUUGUGAUGGAGAGUCGCUCCUGCUCUAUAUUAAAACUGAACUCUGUACAACGGUUUAUCUCGAAAGCUUUUCAUCUGCAUGGUUCUCGGUUAAUAUUAAAUCGAACUUUUGAAAACUUAUGCCGUUGUAUUCCGGACACUUUACUCUAUAUAUACUGCUAAGAUCUCUUUUCUGUCUUGUUUCCGUAGUAUACAGUAAGCAAAACACUUUGUUUUUGGAUAAAAUCAGAAAAGAUCUCGGAAAAUUAGCAGAAUUUUCCACCAACAUCAUUGCCACAUCAGGUAUUUGUACCCCACUUUGAAGUAACCGACGUCGAUAACACGUUCAUUUGUUUAACCACUCGUCAAUUAUUGUCGACAUGUCAAUAUUCAACAGUUUUGGCCAUCGAUUGUACGUACAAAAUAACAACCAAUGAAUUACCACUUGUGGUCUUUGGCACCAGUGAUCUACAUCGCCAUUUUCGUCCAAUUGGUGUAUGCUUGAUUUCAACCGAUGAAUCUGCCGAAACGUUUAAAACAUUAUUUCGUGGAAUUCAGGUUAAUUAUUUUGAACGUGAAUGGCUACUGAAAUUGCCAUUUUGGUAUGAAGGAGCAGCUAUGUUAACACCAUCAACGAACAACGGGCUGGAAUCGAAGAACGGCAAAAUUAAACAGAAUUAUACAAUGAGACAGAAAAUGCCAAUUUCUGCUUUUUUACAGACAGCAGAACGUAUGCUGAAUGAUUGGUCAUUGAAUAAUGAAAAAAUACCAUUUGCUACAAGCAUUACGUACAAUAAUGAUGUAGAUUUGAAAGCAUUUGAAUGGUUACAAAAGAUUGAUAAAUCUCAAAUUGCACAACUGAAUCCAUUCACUUUCAUUGUGCCAUCAAAUGAUCCAAAAAUAAAUGUAUCCACAUGGGUUCAGCAACUAAAUUCAGCUGACUGGCAAUCAUUUGAUGAAUUCGUUCGCUGGUCAUCAUCGGCCCGUUUGCUCAAUUGCUCACGUUUUUUAUUACCAUGGUUUUGUUCGUGUAGAUAUGGUCUCAAAGAAUACUCAUGUAUACAUGCAAUUGGUUUAAUGAUGAUGUGGGGCACAAUGCCUGUUCCACAACUUAUUGGUAAACGGAGAGGCAGAGGACGUCCAAAAAAAAUAAAAUUAGCCUUACAACAAGACUAG